AUGAGUAAUCCUGACUCCGUCGAUUAUGAAGAAAAAGACAACGAAAUUGAGGUUCUUGUAGAUGAUUCCAAGAAAAAGUCCCCGUAUACAGACACAAAAAUUAAUCCACAUAAUGGAGAAAGUAUUUCGGAACUCGUUUGUUCACCAAAUAUGAAAUAUUUUGCAACCAUCAGUGAUGAAGAUCAUUCAAUUUUCGGGUGGGAAAUCAAGGAAGGACAGUCCGAACUCGAACCUGACUAUUCAAUUAAUUUCGAAAAGUAUACAUCUAAUACAUGGACUCUGUUAGGGGUCUCGAAUAAUAAGUAUAUCUUAUUGCAGAAAGAUUACGACAUUGAACUCAUUGAUCUUGAAACCGGAUCGGAACAGAAAUUAUUAACAGGAGCGGUUGAUGGAGCCUCCUUUCUUGAAAAUGGAGAUGUAGUAAUGGUUGAGGGAAAACCUGUUUAUCGGGCUUCUAUAUUUUCGAAACCAAAUCCCAACAAUGGACGCCAGUAUAAAUACAAGAGUAGCAUUGAACUUACGAAAUAUAACAAAUGUGCUAUUUCUAGAAAAGGAAAAUUGUUGAUUCUCUUAGAUAUACCUUUUGUAAUUAUGCAAUGGGAUCUGGAAACCCUAAUGUUUGAGGCACAAUAUGUAUUGGAUUUAGCUUUUAACAC